AUGGAGACCCACAAUGAGACACUAAGCACAGACUUCAUUCUCCUGGGCCUGUUCCCUGGAAUGAGACACGUCAGUGCCCUUGUCUCCGUGAUCCUUUUGAUCUACACCAUUGCCUUCACGGGAGAUGCCACCCUGAUCCUCCUCAUCUGGGUAGAUCCCUGUCUCCACACCUCCGUGUACUUCCUGCUGAGCCAACUCUCCCUCAUCGACCUGGCUUUCAUCUCCAGCACGGUCCCCAUAAUGGCGGUCAGCUUUUUCUCAGGCAAGAGGAAAAUCUCCCUGGUGGGCUGUGGGGCCCCGAUCUUCUUCACCUUGGCCCUGGGAAUUGCUGAGUGCCUCCUUCUCACCCUCAUGGCUUUCGACCGCUACGUGGCCAUCUGUCACCCUCUGAAAUACCCAACCAUCCUAAGCUACCAGUUCUCCCAGAAGAUGGUCCUUGGGUCUUGGGUGGGAGGGGCUCUGGCAUCCUUAGUCCACACAGCCUGCACCAUGCCCUUCCCUCUCUGUGGGUCCCGGGAGCUCCACCACUUCUGUGAGGUCAAGGCCAUCUUGAAGCUAUCUUGUGAAGACAUCUCUGCCUAUGAGAAAGGGGUACUGGUGACUGGCAUCAUUGUGGUUUUUGUCCCUGUAAGCCUCAUUCUGAGCUCCUACACCCUCAUCUUCCUGGUGGUUCUGCAAAUGAGCUCUCCUGAAGGGAGAAACCAAGCCCUGGUGAACUGCUUCUCCCAUUUGACUGUGGUCCCCUUUUGCUAUGGUCCAGCCAUGUUAAUAUACAUGAGGCCUGGAUCUUCCAACACCCCCAUCUGGAACCAGGCACUGUUUCUCUUUGACACCAUCCUCACCCGCAUGCUGAACCCACUCGUCUACAGCCUGAGGAACAAGGAGGUGCUGGGCGCACUGAGGAAGACAAGGAAACUGAAGCCAAAGACAGUAGUAAACUACUCAAAGGCCCAGAGCACUAGGUGACAGAAUCGGGGUAGGAUGUUCUGCCCACUGAUGGCUGCUACACCCUGCAAGUGACUGAGUGAGAGAAAGAGGUUUCACAUGGGAUGUGAGCAGGAGGGCUGGUUCGGUCCCUUUCUUUGGUGUUCUCCCUUUUCCCCACCUGUAAAAUGUAAGGAAAAGCAUCUACUUUGUGAGAUUUUUUCAGAGAAUUAGGGGGUAUCAGUGUAAAGACUUGACAAUUAAUAAGUGGAAAGUAUUAAAUUAUUGUCAUAUUAUCACACUAAAACAAGCAUUCAAUCAAACCAAAUCUUGGCUUCAUUAUGGUUAUUUAGUUUCACUUAUUAAUGUACUGCAUUAGCAUUAUGUAGAUAUGCACUCAAUUUAGGCUUAUUUAGCCAAAAUAACUAGAUUAUUAUAUUUAUUCAUAUUGUCAAUUGAUACAUUGGUGUAACUAGAAUAAGAGCAAUAAUGAACAUUGAAGAGAAUUUAUGAUUUACACAUGCAUCAUCUCAUUUCUAAUUGAGCCUCCUAACCCCUUUAUGAUGUUAUGGAUCAUAAAGAAUAUCAGGACUAACUCACCUGUCUGCUACACAGUGCUGCACAUUUGGAAAUGCCCAAAUAAAUCCUAUCUCAAACAACCCAAUAGCAUUUUAUAGUUAUAAGCUAAAACAAACUCAGAAAAGAGGAAACCCAGCUAUGGUCUAAUAUAACUGUCUCAUGUUAGAAUUUAUGUGAUUGCCUGUAUUUUAACAAUUGUAUUUUAUUACAAAUAAAUAUGCACAUCACUAUU